AUGUGGGAUUUUAACUGCGCUCUGGGCCUCUGGGCCUCUGGGCUCCCCGCUCCCCACGCCGCCAUGUUACUCCGUACUCUAAGCGUCUUGGACGAGUGGCCGUGCAUGAUCGGAGCCCUCGAUGGUGCCGCUGCGCACCCCACGAAACUCAGACGGCGAUGCGACCGCUCUCUCGACUCAUUCAUGGAGUGGUCGAAACGGGGCACGCAACUUUUCGCGGGCACCGUGUUGAUGGCCGCCCUGUCCACAAUUGCCGUCGCGCUCCGCUUCUUCUCCCGAGGUCGCAUUUUACGCGUCCUGGGACCAACAGACUGGUUCUUGGCCCUGACCCUGGUGGGUACUCCGGCGUUCCCGCGCCGCCCGGUAUCCGUACCCGUCUUGAUGAGGACCAUGGCUCACACCUCUCGCUCGGCCACACAGUUCUUCUGCAUCGGCAACACGGCUAGUGUUGGGGUCCCCAUAUCGGCAUACCAGGUUCAGUAUGUUGCAAUCCUCAUCAACAACCUCUCCCUCGUCUUGACCAAGGUAUCUGUCUGCCUACUCUUCCUCGAUGUUUUUCUCGUCACUUCGGUCAGAAAAGCCACCUACGUCGUUCUAGUCGCGGUAAUUCUCCACGGCACAUAUGUUACCCUGACGAACAUCUUCUUUUGCACGCCGAUUCACAACUAUUGGGACAAGCCUUUCAACAACAACUGCAUCGACAUCCGUGUCAAAUUCAACGUAGACAAUGGGCUCAACAUCCUCAUUAACUUUGUCACGCUGUGCCUCCCGGUACCCGCAAUAUGGCCCAUGACGCUGCCGUGGAGGCAGAAACUGUGGCUCUUGGUUCUGUUUAUCUUGGGCUUUGGGUAA